CCGGAACCAAUCUCUAUGUUGCAUGUGUUCGCCGGAUUUUGGUCUUCGACGGACUUCAGCAAGGAUUUAACAGUUAGCGGCGUCUAACCAUUUUUAAUCCCUUCAUUGUCAGAUCCUUGUUCACUAGCAUGAAAGCCAUGUUAGCCAUCAUUUCUAACGCACUUUGUAGGAUCACUGGCAAGAAUGUGGGAGCCCAAACAGUGUCGGAGUUGCUGAUUGACCUGUCAGAGUACAUCAGUCUAACCUCACCAGCGGCACCCACCUUGGCACAGACCCAGCGGCAGCCUCCUAAACCACCACCAGGUGCCAGGGUUGUGGUCUCCCGCUCAUUUACUGAUUUCACCCCUCAGGCAACAUUUGAUAUCAAGCAAUGCGACCUGCACCGUCUGGAGGAGGGUCCUCCGCUGAAGGCCGAGCUCACCCGAGAGCAGGGCCUGCAGUACUAUCGCACCAUGCAGACUGUGAGGCGAAUGGAGCUGAAAGCGGAUCAGCUCUACAAGCAGAAGAUCAUCAGAGGAUUCUGCCACCUUUACGAUGGACAGGAAGCGUGUGCUGCAGGCAUCGAGGCAGCCAUCAACCGCUCUGACCAUCUCAUCACUGCCUAUCGAGCCCAUGGAUACACGUACACCCGCGGUGUGACAAUCAAAGAGAUCCUAGCUGAGCUCACAGGCCGCAAAGGGGGCGUGGCCAAAGGGAAGGGAGGUUCAAUGCACAUGUACGCUCCUUAUUUCUACGGUGGAAACGGCAUUGUAGGAGCACAGGUUCCUCUGGGAGCUGGCAUCGCUCUGGCCUGUCGUUACCAAGGCAACAAUCAGGUUUGCGUCACGCUUUACGGAGAUGGAGCAGCCAAUCAGGGCCAGCUGUUUGAGUCGUUUAACAUGGCUGCUCUGUGGAAGCUGCCGUGCAUCUUCAUCUGUGAGAACAACCGAUAUGGCAUGGGAACAUCAGUGGAGAGAGCCUCUGCCAGCACAGACUACUACAAGAGGGGAGACUUCAUUCCAGGACUGCGGGUGGAUGGGAUGGACGUCCUGUGUGUCAGAGAAGCUGCCAAGUUUGCUGCCGAUUACUGCAGGUCUGGGAAGGGUCCCAUUGUGAUGGAGCUGCAGACCUACCGUUACCAUGGACACAGCAUGAGUGACCCAGGUGUCAGCUACCGCACUCGAGAGGAGAUCCAAGAGGUCCGCAGUAAGAACGACCCCAUCACUGUGCUGAAGGAGCGCCUGCUUAGCAACAACAUGGCUUCAGCAGAAGAGCUGAAAGAUAUUGAUGUUGCGAUCAGGAAGGAGGUGGAGGAUGCUGCUCAAUUUGCUACUUCGGAUCCAGAGCCGCCACUGGAGCAACUGUGCAAUCACAUCUUCUGCAACAACCCACCGGUGGAGGUCCGUGGCACCAACCCCUGGUCCAAGCUCCAGUCAGUCAGCUAGAAUCUAAACAUCAAAGAAACCCCAGUCUAUAAUGAGGGCUCCAGGUGUUUGAGACCACCUGAAAAUAACCACACGUUUUAGGAUUUAAAGGCUAAAACAAACUGUUUUUCAAUGUGUCAUCAGAUGUUUGGUCCUCUGGGCACUUAUCUAAUCUGAAUGCUCCUCAGAGAUAGAUUCUCCUCAUCUAGGCUCUGUCACCCUCUGGUAAAUGAACCACCCAAAUGUUCUGCACCUUAUCAGGACUCUGCUUUGGCCUGAGACCUGUCUGUGUUUAUAGUUUUGUAUUAGUAUUUAAGAUUUCCUGUCUGUAUAUUCUGCUGGUGUUUGAACUGAAUGGGAUGCCAUGGGUGAAGCCAUUCUGAGUGUAAUGUUUGUUAAUGCAGGGCAUAGAUAUGCACAAAACCAGGGUUUCUGUUUCCCCUUCAGGUUUUUAUGUAUAAUUAAUGGAUGUUGCACAUUAUACAUGGGUUUUGUGUGAUAAGUUGGAAAGCUCUUUAUUUGUACAUUAACAAGAUUCAGUAUUAUGGGUAACAAGAUUCAGUAUUAUGGGAAAAGGGAUCAUGUCAAAGUAUGAGUGUGUUGUGAUGCUGUGUGGUUCCGGUGCCAGGUUUAUGCUGAGGUCACAAACCUGAAGUAAGCAUUUUAAUCUUUAGCUGAUUUUUUUUUUGGUAUUUAUUUUAAAUAGUUAAACUGCUCAAUAAUGUUUUGAUAGAAACAUAAUUUUUACUGUUACAUAAAUACACUACAUGACAUUUAAGUUUUGCAAAGCUGGGACUGAGCUUCACAAAGAUGCACUGAGGUACCUGAUGAUGAUGAUGACCAAUGAUCCUGUUUUCUGUUCCUCAUUUUCUUUCACACUGUUCUUUUAUUGUGCAUUUUGACAACAAGUUUAUGUAGAAAUGAAGCUACAUGUGUGUAGUUUUAAAAGACUGUCUGGCUGCAAAAUAAAUUCCACUAAUGUGUAA